AUGAGGUGGACGGGAAGUGGAGUAAUGGACAAGCGAAAUUGCAGUAUCUACUAUAGCUGCCACGACAGAUUACACCAAUUUGGAACUGGUUUCAUUGUCAACAAAAGAAUCAGAAACAAAGUGAUUGAAUUUAAGCCAGUGAAUGAAAGAAUUUGCAGAAUACGAAUCAAAGGAAGAACGCAUAAUAUCUCAAUUAUUUGUGCCCAUGCCCCCACGGAGGACAAGGUGGAUGAAGUUAAGGAUGGAUUCUAUGACCUUCUUGAAAAGACACAAAGUGAAUGCUGUGUAAAUGAUGUGAAACUGCUCAUGGGCGACUUCAACGCGAAGAUUGGCCACGAUACAAACAUGAACAGAUUUGCUGGAAAUGAAAGCCUACAUGAAGAGACAAGCAAAAAUGGCAUCCGACUUAUUAACUUUGCCAUUUCUACAAACAUGGUAAUAGGGAGUACAACUUUUAAACACAAAAACAUACAUAGAGCCACCUGGAGAUCCCCAGAUGGAUUAACCCAAAAUCAAAUAGAUCACAUACUUAUUGAUUUAAGACAUAGAAGCAGUCUUCAAGACGUUCGGACAUACUACGGUGCAAAUAUGGACUCCGAUCACUUUUUGGUAGUCUCAAAAAUACGUCACAAGGUAAAUAGAUAUUAUUAUAAAAGGAGAGAUAAUAACGACAAAAAGAUUGACAUUGAGCAGCUAAAGAAGACAGAGGUAAUGAAAGAGUACCGAAAAGAACUAAAAAGCAAGAUUGAAUCGAGUGUCGAAACUGAGACUGUGGAGACUGCGUGGCAGUCUCUUAAACAAACCGUAAUUAAUGCGUCUGAAAAAAUAAUACCAGAAAUGCUAGGGAAGAAAACCACCUCUUGGUUUGAUGAAGAAUGCUGUGCCAUUACGAAAAAGAUGAAUGAAGCGUAUAAAUCCAUGAUCCAGAAACGCUACACUAGGAGCGCAGAGGAAACAUAUAAAAAACUGCGAAGAGAAGAAAAAAGAAUUCAUAAGAUGAAGAAACGAGAAUAUAUGGAAGAGGUAUAUAAAGACAUUGAAAACUUAAAAACUCAGAAGGAAGCAAGAAAAUUUUACCAACUGAUAAACAAUGUCAGAGCAGACUUCAACCCUAGAACCUGUAAGAAGAAAAACGGAGAACUUACUCGAGACCCGGAUGAAGUUCUAGCCCGUUGGCGUGAGCACUUCGUAGAUCUACUAAUGGGGAGAGAUAGAGAAGAAGAUCUAAACACUUGUAACAUGCUGCCAACCAUGAGUACUGAAGGUGAAGCCAUAGAACAUAAUACACCUACUCCUNCGCAAUUUAUAUUUACACGUUUAUAA